AUGAUGACGCGCCGUCUGCUGUGCGCCCUGUUGGUGCUUGCCCUGUGCUGCUGCCCGUCUGUGUGCGCGGUAGUGUCUACUCAGCCUGAAGUCAAAGCUGCUGUCGCCACCAUUUCACCGUCCCUUGUACCAGAAGUACCACGUAAGGAGAUCGGUAACUCAGGGUCGUUAGGUAAUGAGUCCGGUGCGGAUCUGGGAAUUACUGCAGUAGCGGGACCAGCCCCGACCGCUGCAGGUCCGGAAUCAGUUGGCGUGUCUAACACGUUACAAAAUCAUGGUUCUGACGGUACUCCAGGACGAGAAAUCGGCACAAGACAAUCCGCAGAAGAAGCAAGUCAGGAAGCCGAAGAUCCUGCCGAGAAGACCACGACGACGACUACAACACAGGCACCAACAACGAUAACAACCACUACAACAAAGGCUCCAACUACGAAUACAGAGGCGACAACUACGACGACCACCCGCGCACCGUCACGUUUUCGGGAAAUCGACGGCAGCCUCAGCAGCUCUGCGUGGGUGUGUGCCUCGCUGCUGCUCGCCGUAUCCGUGCUGGCGUACACCGCUGUGGGCUGA